UUAAAUUUGUUACAAAACUAACAUCGUGAUUUUAUCAUCUUAUAUGAGAUUUCAGUUAGAACCGUGACUUCUAAUUAAACAAACUACUAACAUUAGUCAAACAUUUGUAGAAUACUUUGUAACACCGUUCUUGAGCAUAGUUAGAUAACUAAAAUUAACAUAUGGUUCUAAAAUUGUUGUCAACUUCUCUUGAAAACUUUUAAUGUUAAUAGUAGUUGCCACACACAUUUGCCUAAGUUUUUUUUAGAAGUGGACUUCAAAUUUUAAUUUAUAACAUUUCUUUUGAAGAUGAUAUUAUGACUACCGUGCAACAUGCGGUUAAAACACUAGUAUAUUAUAUUAGUUGUCUUGGGUACUGAACAUGUGACUUACAAAGUUUAAGGGAUAAAAGUGUUCUUUAAGCAAUAGUUAAGGGGCCAUUUAUGCAUUUUUCUAAAUUAGAACUUUCAGACCAAAACGCCUCUUUCGGCCAACCGAGGAUCCAAUGAUCCAUUUCUGUUCAAAUCUUAGCUGGAAUCCCCGGUGAUCUUUUAUCCCCAACCAAAAUUCCGUCGGAACACGGCGACGACGACGGCGUCAAGUGGUACGACGUGAGGUACGCUCUGUGUUGAUCCAGAUCUCAUUCAUUUUUCUCCGUUCUGUUUGUUUCAUAUUCUUUUGUAUCAUCAAAUCAUUUCUGGAGAUUUAAAAAUCCAGAUUCGGUAAUAUUGAAGAAAAUAACGAGAAACCUUAACUAUGAAUUCGAACUAUGGAAGAUCAAGUCAAUCUGGAUCUCUCAACAACUUCGAUUUUGAUCUCGGAAUCAAUUCGAAUCGUUCCAAGCCUCUUAAUGCACAGAAAAACAACACCUUCACGCAACCUAAGCCUAACACGACGACGACGCCGUCUUGGCAACCCAACAAACCCUCUUGGACCCACCAACCCGCCGCACCUACCCCGUCGUCCACUCUGGGCGGGCCAUUAAACGGACCUACAUCCAUGGUGGGAGAUAUUACGGGGAAGAGUUGGGCUUCGACUGCACCACAGCGUCCUUCUGGCACUGCAGCUACGAAUAUUGGGAUUGCAAAUAAAAGCCCUAAUUUGUUUAGUGAUUUGCUUGGAUCAAAUUUGGGGACAGGCAAGGGUAACAGUAGUAAUGUUCCUUUAAAGAAUGCUGCACCCGUUUCAUCACAAACAGCUAGCAAAAGCGCCUAUUCAAUGGGAGGUAUGUCUGAUUCAUUGCCAAAAUCUGGUAAUACGGUGAACAGUGGUGGUGGUAAUUGGGGUUCUUCACAAGGUUUUGGGAAUUAUAAUACAAGUGGUUAUGGAAGUAAGAAUCAAAAUCUUGGAGGUCCGUCAAUGAAAAGUUCAACUGCCAGUGGUAUUGGAGGUGGCAUGGGUUCUAACAAGGACCCCUUUGGAUCCUUAGUUGAUUUUAGCUCUAAGCCAGCUACUGGCUUGAAAGCAGUUAAAACGAAUGUGUCAUCCAAAUCAGGGGAUGAUGUGUUUGGUAGCUUCCAAAAUGCAUCAAAACCUAGCACAAAUGCUUUCCCAAGUACCACUAGCUUCACAGGUUUAGGCAUGAAUUCUCAAUCGAAAGUGGAUGAUUUUGGUUUUGGUGGUAUGCAAAAUCAGCCAUCAGUUCAAUCAUCAGGAGGCAAUGUUUUCCAAAGUAACACGAGUUCCAUGGGUUCAGGCAUGAAUUCUCAAUCAAAAGUGGAUGAUUUUGGUUUUGGUGGUAUGAAAAAUCCUCCACCAGUUCAAUCAUCCGGAGGGAAUGAUUUUGAUGUGCUAUUCUCUUCAUCUUCAGCUUCCGCUGGUAAUGCUUCAAAGGAUUCAGAAAACUUCAUGAGCCAGCAAUUUGCAGGGGCUGAGGAUUGGGGUUUCGAGUCUGAGGUUGGAGGAGAUGUGGGUGGAACGACUGAGCUUGAAGGGCUUCCUCCACCGCCCGCUGGUGUGACAGCUUCGUCUGCAAAGAUGAAGGGAAUGGAAAAUUAUAAAGCAGGGCAAUAUCCUGAUGCCAUAAAAUGGCUGUCUUGGGCUGUAAUUCUGGCGGAAAGGGCAGGUGAUAACGCUAGCUCUAUGGAAGUGUUGUCACCCAGGGCUUCAUGUUACAAAGAAGUAGGGGAAUACAAAAAGGCAGUUGCUGAUUGUUCAAAGGUGCUAGAGCAAGACAGCAAAAACGUUCCUGUUCUUGUACAACGUGCACUAUUGUACGAAAGCAUGGAGAAAUACAAGCUUGGAGCCGAUGACCUGAGAACGGUGAUGAACAUUGAUCCUGGAAACCGGGUUGCAAGAAGCACCAUACACCGCCUGAGUAAAAUGGCCAGCUGAACAAGAAUUUAAAAUGAGUAUCAUUGUCACCACGUACCCUUUUCUUUAAUUCGUGUUCGAGAUAUUAUACUCCCUUUAAUAUCAAAUUAACGGGUAAUAAUCGUCGGAAAAAAGUAAUUUGUUGCCUUUGGGGUUUUACAAGAGUGUUGUAUUCAUCAUAGUUGGUUGUUUCCUUAUGUCUUCUUUCCUUGUAUUGACUGUAAAAAUGACAUGUUCAUGCAACUUGUUUGUCUUUUGAUAUAUACAUCCUUAACAACUACUC